AUGAAACAGCUUACAAAAUACUGUGCCUACCGCACGGUUUCGGAGGCGGCUGUACUGGUAUUGGCGGGAACCACGCCAAGCGACUUGCUGGCAUUCGAAAGGGCGAAGCUCUACGACGCCAAAGUAAAUGGCGACAACUCUGAGGAGGCAAGAACGGCAGCAAAAAAGGAAACGCUACGUGAGUGGCAGGACAGAUGGACGCUGGGGGAGACGGGCAGAUGGACGGAGCGCCUGAUUCCUAACAUCAAUGUCUGGAUCUCUCGAAAACACGGGGAUACGGAUUUCUUCCUGACCCAGCUACUGACGGAACACGGACAGUUUAAUGCCUAUCUUUUUAAGAUGGGUUUGUGCACCACGCAAACGUGUAAAUACUGCCCAGACAAGAUCGACGAUGCCGAACACACGUACAUCUUAAAAAGAUGUAUGUUCGGUGGAAGGACUAUAGGAGCAGCAUCGAAGAGAUCAUAG